AUGCCGACCGGGUCCAAACGAAAGGCGCCGUCGGCGCCGCGCGACCCCGCCGACGACUGCGAAACCCCCGACGUCGCCUACGCGCACAUCGCCCCGCUCUUGCGCAAACUCGCGCAGCGCCUCGGCAAACCCCCGGGCGCCCUGCGCAUCUGGGACCCGUACUACUGCGCGGGGGGGGUCAAGGCCAGGCUCGGCGCGUUGGGGUUCGGCGACGUCGUCAACGAUCCGGACGCGGACUUCUACGACGUCGUGGACGGAUCGAGGCCGCCGCCGCCUCACGACAUCUGCGUCACCAACCCUCCAUUCUCGGGGAACCACGCCAGGCGAUUGUUCGAGUACCUGAACAGUCGCGGCGAACGGGGCGAGGGAAAGGGAACGACGAAGGGCGGCCCCGUCGCGCGCUUCGUCGUGCUGGCGCCGGAGUACGUGCACAGGAAGGCGUGGUUCGAGGCGCCGCGGGGGACGUUUUUCAUGGUGCCGUCGCGCCGGUACUCGUUCGUCGCGGCGAGCGGGGGCCGAAGGGAGAACACGGCGGUGGACUGCAGGCACUGGCGCCGCGAGCGCUCGUGUCCCAGGGGUGAGACGUGCCCGUUCGUGCACGUCGGUCCCGGAAUCGAUCCCGAGGGGGAGCGCGUCGCGGAGGAGGCGAGGCGCGCGCGCGCGAACGCGGGAUUUAGCGGCGGCGGCGGCGGCGGCGACGGCGGCAGGGUCACCGUGGCGCCGUUUGACUGCUACUGGCACUGUCACCUGGGAGAGUUCACCAGGAGCGUGGCGGCGGCGUGGAGGCAGAAACACGGGAGGCGGGGGCGCGUCGGGGUGAGGAUGGUGGAUGGCGUCGAGGGCCUGCCGCCGCCUCCGGACAAGUCCGCGAAGCGCGCCAGAGGAGGGUAG